AUGUUCCGCAACCACAUUACCCGCUCUGAGUUGAGUCCCGUUGAAGGAAUCAUAGGAUCAGAGAUUCGUAAACAGAUCACAGUCGAGCGAGAACAACCACUAGCUUCUUCGAGAACACUCAACGCAUUCCAAAUGCCGGCCGGAGAUCACGCAUUUUUAUUCGAUAUUCCCCUCCCAAGUAAGGUCUUCGACACAGUGACUAGCCCAAACCAUCAAUAUCACACAUAUUGCGUAGAGGCUAUUAUCGAGCGACGGUUCAAAAGCGAUUUUGUGGUCUCGCAGCCAGUUAGGAUUUACCAGGUUUCCGAUUUGGUGACAAGCUAUUUGAGACCGCAUUGCCCCCUGACUCUCGAAGGUCACUCCGACGAAGAUAUUCAAUAUUGCCUCUCCAUCACUGACCGGAGCAUCCCCUUUGGUUGCACAUUUCCCGUGGAAUGCUGGUUUGCACCGCUAUUGAAAUACGCCAAGCUCAACAAUGUUACAAUCAAAGUUAUUGAGAAACAGACUGCGCUGUUGCCUGCUACUGCUGCAGAAUCAGCGCAGCAAAAUAUGCAGUUUAUCAUUGCAGCACAUAGUCAAACUGUUUUCUCCGACACCAUCGAUUUCUCUCGUGAUGAGUCUCCGGUGGAUGAUCAUUCGGAGAUUGAAUGGCGCUUCACCACACCUGUUUCUCUGCCUCAGAGUCUCGACGCUUGCUCGCAGAGUAUCUCGACCAAGCACCUCAAGAUCACUCAUGAGCUCUCUAUCACUGCUGAGUUCCGCAAUGAGGCAGGUGAUGUUACAGCUGUGUUCACGGAAAUUAUGCCAUUGAAAAUUUAUAUGACACCUAAUGUGAUUGGAGAUACUUCGUCCGUUCAUGGGCAAGGCAUCCAACUUUUGCAGGGAAGCCAAAGUCCACCUCCAGCUUACAGCGAUCGCUUUCCGGACUUGAUCGUGUCGGCCGCUACUCAACUGAAUCUUUGUGAGCAGCCGAUGCUGGCGGAGAUCAAUUCUGCGCGUUCGUCAAGUGAGCAAAGUGCGAGUAUUCACACCAUGGAGCCUGCUCCCCGGUAUGAACAGGUUGUAUUGUCCGUUUGA